AUGAUCCUCAACCGCCUACACGCUCUUUUCUUCGUCGCCGCUGCCAUUCUUUUCAGCGGUGUCGCCGCCCGUCCCCAGUUCAGCAGCGCCCAUGCCCUCCAGAAACGCGAGCCUACUACCCCCGAGUUAGAGCUGCGUACCAACGCCGCGCGUAUGGCUGCUGGGUUGGGUCCAUCCAAGCCGAAGCGCAUGUUCGAUGCUACUCGCGUCAUUGAGGCCCGUACCUACCCAUCUGGUGCUCCUCAGACGACCUACCGUAUUCGCAUCAACAAAGCCGACGGCGGUCAAUGGCCAGGUAGCAAGAAGAUGUACGUCGCGAGGUCAUACACCAGCAGCAACAGGUUCGACGGGACAACGAGCGAUAACUCGAACCAGCAUCUGAAGAUUACCGUUGGCACUACAAGCGGACUCACGAGUCUUACCAUGACCAACGGUCCCUCUGGAGCGUAUCCAUACCUUGGAUUCGCUAGGGAAAACACCAACUCCCUGACCACCGGGUACGCUUCAGGAAGUGGUUGGUACAACUCCUUGACGAGCACCAAAGCGACCUCUUUGGGAGCGGGGCCAAGCAACGUCGGCAACUCCAUGUCUCCCAGCUACAAAUACUCCGAGUCCACCAUCUGGUCAGUUGAAGGCGGCGCGCAGCUUAAAGCGAAAUGGGUCAACAGUCCCGGUCAGAGCGCACAAGACACCACUUUGUAUUACGCAUCCGAUUGGGAUACCCUCGUCCAGACCAGGAAGACCUCCGGGCUGCCUUCCCACUUCGUCAAAGUCAACCUCGUCCUCGUCUAA